AAACGCACACACAUUUUCUUCCGUGCAGCUUGCACAAUACAUGAUACACAAUAGGCGGAACUAAGGUGAUGACUGUGAAAUCGGACAAUGUUUUUUCACGAAUAGCAGAUAGGAGCAGAUAAAGAACUUGAAUUUUAAGAGAAGGAGUUGAUGCCAACGAGAAAGUGCUACUGGAAUGCACGAUGAUUAAAUUAUUUUCCUUGAAAAAGCAGGCCGAAGCUGCCGGAGAUCGGACGGACGGAGACGGGAAGAGAGCGUCCGCUGCACAGCUGCGACUGCAGAAAGAUCUUGGGGAGCUGAAUCUUCCAAAGACAUGUCAGAUAGAUUUCCCGGAUCCUGAUGAUUUACUUGUUUUCAAACUAGCCAUACAGCCAGAUGAAGGCUUUUACAGAAAUGGUAGAUUUGUUUUUGGUUUUAAGGUAUCACCAAAUUACCCCCAUGAACCUCCUAAAGUCAAAUGUGAAACAAUGGUAUACCAUCCAAACAUCGACUUAGAAGGAAAUGUGUGUCUCAAUAUACUUAGGGAAGACUGGAAACCAGUUUUAACGAUAAAUGCAAUCGUCUAUGGAUUACAAUUUCUUUUCUUGGAACCCAAUCCAGAUGACCCCCUCAACAAAGAAGCGGCCGAAGCGCUCCAGCAGAACAGAAGACUCUUUGAACAGAACGUGCAGAGGACGAUGCGAGGCGGCUAUGUCGGCAGCACCUAUUUUGAACGAUGCCUUAGAUGAACUUAGACUUGUAGUAUUUUAAUCUAUAUUCCCCUCGCCCCCUUUUCUCUAUCUUUUCAUCCUGCUCUUUCUUUCUUCCUCCUUUUUCUCUCUCUCUCUCUCCUCCCAUACAAAUUUUAUCAUAUUCUGCUUGGAUAUCAUAUUGACAUCACCAUGUUUUUUAUUGUCCUAUGUAUGUUCCUUCUUGCUCUUGCUGGCAAGAUUCAGCAAACGUUCUUAGAACGUCCAAGAAACGUCCAAACGUCAAAAUGUUUUUGGAAACCCACUAAGAAUUCUCAACUGUUUCCAAAAUCUCUAAAGGCUUUUGAAACGUCACUUAAAACACAUUAAAGAAACGGUCUCAAGCUUUUGAAAUUGUUCUUUGAUUGUUCUGGAAACAUUCUUAGAAUGCUGGAUGAACUCAUGGGUGGUGGCGUACUGUGGACUUGCCAUGCCAUACUAAUACAAAUAGAAUCUCAUCACUGUAUAUGUGCAUAUCUUGUGUGUGUUUUAUUUUCAUGAAAUCACAGGGAUUUCUCCAUAUUAUAUGCCGAUAUGAUAAUAGUUCAAUACUGAAGCUGCUGGCCACUGAAUUCUGUCAUUGUACAGGGCCCACUAAGUCUCAGUGGUAACUGAUUUAGAAUCACAAUUCUUACAAUUCGGCUAUUAUAAUUUCCUCAACCAGCCUCAGAUCGUGAGAUAUCUCUAACCAUAUGUAUAUGUUUUAUGAAAUAAAUCCUGCAGGCCAUUUCAUAAAGCUGUUUGAAAGUUAAGAGCAACUGGUGAUCCUUUCUUGUGAUAAGUGGUGUACACAUAGCAAUGGUUUAGCGCGUAAGAAAGGUUCACCAGUCAUUUUUACAGUCACUUUUAACUUGCGAACAACUUUAUUAAGAAACCCACCAGCUCUCGAGGUAAUGCUUUGAAUGCUCCCCAGGGUGUGGAGAUUGUGGCCAACAGUGUGCUUCAAAGCUACCCAAAUUAUUAAUUAAGGCCAUAGCAAUAUAAUGCCUUUGGACAGUGUUUGCAUGGCUAUGUAGAGAAGCCACAAUCCUCCCCAGGGAGUAGAAUGUGGUUAAGCUGCUGAUAUCGUAGACUAGGCCAUAGGUUCAUGUAAUGCUUUGGGACAAAAACUGGAUGAAGGGGACAGUGUAAGAAUGAUUUAGAAUCCACAAUCCUCCCCAGUGAGUGGGGACUGUGGUUGACAGACUGUAGUGUUGCUACUGGAGUAAGGGUAAUAACACUAUCAAUGCCUUUGGAUAAAAUCCAGAUGAAGGUGUCAGCAUAAGCAUGGGAAGAAAAGCCGCAGUACUCCCCAGGAAGUGGAGACUGUGGAUGGCAGACUAGUAUUGCUACUAAUAUAUGGGUAAUAACACUAUUAAUGCCUCUGGAUAGGAACCAGAUGAAGACAGUGUAAGUAAAAGAAAACUCAAAAUCCUCCCCAGGGAGUGGAGACUGUGGUCUACAGUGUGCAGCAGUGCUGAUAUAGUAGACUAGAAUGAUAUUGAUACUGAUUCAUUUUGACAGAGACCAGAUAUUGUUAAGAUUUUCGCAUGAAUAGGAAGAAAUUCUAUUAUAGUUCGCUAUUUUUAUUAUCGCUAUUUAUGGGAUGAUGAAGAUGACUAUUUCAAAAGUGAAAUCAAGUGAAAGAAAGCAGGUUUGUUGAUAAUUCUCACUCGUUCAUUACGCCUCUUUUCCAAGAGAUUUUCUUCUUUUAACUGACAUUAAGUGCAAAGUUCAGCUAUGAUCUUGAUCAAUUAUAAAACGAGAGUAUAUUGGUAAACAGUGAUCUCGGAAUGAUUGUAAAUGGUGAUAACUACUGUAUUUUCUGAUUUCAAGAGCAGAUUUAAAUUCAAUUCUUUUCAACUUCAUUAAAUGGGAAUAUGUUGAAUCUCUCCUAUGAUCUAAGUCAGGAAAUAUCCAUACUCCUUUCUAUCUUUUCCUGCCGUCAUGUAUGCAUAUUUCCGCACACUCCCAGAAUAUAUAGUACUUCUGUUUACCUCAUUUAUGGAUCUUUUGUUCUCAGAUAUGAAAGUUCAGGUUUAGACCCCAACAGUUUUAAUCAAAUAUUGAAUGGGCUGAAAAUUUUGUAUUUUACGAAUCAAACAUGCAAAAUUUCACUCGUGUGCAGUCAUGUUCCAUUGCUGUACAUGUGUCAUUAAUGCAGCCACUAUUUAUUAAAAGUAACUCACAUGAACAGUGGUUUUGUUUAUACUGUAACCAUAGUAACAAGUGUUGAUUUUAGUUUCCUGUGACAAAAGUACACUUUCAAUGUUUGACUCUUUCUCAAUUUAUGCUUUUGAUAUUUUAUGCACAAUAUUUGCAAAACCCAUCGCUCCGGACUCCAUAUGCACCCUUUGUGAAUUUGUUUGGGCCCUAGCAUUGAGCAUAUGGGUUCAAUCCAUGCUCUUGUGCACAAUACCAAGUCCUUUGGAGAGGAAGGGAAAAAAGCAGUCCCUUGGUUGCGAACUUGCUUUGUGCCUACAAUGCAUUGCAUAUGGUGCCUUAGGGCAAAACACUGCAAGCUAAAUUUCAAUUUAAGCGAAAAACAAAAAUUUUAUGAGAUUUCAUUUGUGUAGCUUCUCAAAGUUGACAUUAGACGUUAAGGAAUAUUUUCAAGAGUGAUGAAUUUCAGUAUAAUUUUCCUGUUGCCACCACCACUUAUAAAGACAAAGUCUAAUGAUUCUGUUAUACGCAUAUAGUUAAUGUCUAUUGAGUUAAUUCAGGGCCCCGUCUUCCAAAGAGCUGCAAUUGAUCUGAUCAACCACAACUGAAAAGCCAGCAUCACCAACAUCUAAAAUGCAUGUUCAAAAUGUUUUCUCGGUAUGGUAUUUAAAAUACUCCUUCAUCCAUCGCUAUCUUGGCAAUUCGAUGUACUCUAUGUUGAUAAAUGAAAUUGUGCAAGUUUCUAAUAGGAAAAUUUAUGACAAUAAUAAUAAUAUAGGUAUAUUUACCCAGGGAAGCCACUUCAGUUCUGAAAACUGUUUUCCCAGCGGGCCCUGCUAUUAGUAUUACCCCGGCUUUAGCUGGGCUGCCUAGGUGCUCAAGCAUUCAAAGAAUUUCUUACUACCGGGUACCCAUUCACCUCACCUGGGUUGAGUGCAACACAAUGUGGAUAAAUUUCUUGCUGAAGGAAAUUAUGCCAUGGCUGGGAUAGACUAAUCCACAGGGCCACAACGCUCAACAAUGAUGGUCUUCCAUACAGUUGAGGUUGAUUGGAUCAAUAACUCUUUGUAAGACAAGAGCCCAGAUGUGCAAGCUCCUUCCAUCACCCUAUUUUCAUAAAAGUGAGGAACUCGACAACAUCAAAGAAUAUCAGUCCGAAAUGAUGAUAUUCCUCUGUGCUUUAUACACAUCAGUGAUGUCUCCAAGCCGUUACAUAUAUCUAGUGGGAGUUUGAGAGAAAAUCCUUUUUGUUUUAUUAUUAUUUUGUGUGUUAAUGGCACUAGUAAGCCCUGUUAGGAUAUGACUUGAUGAACUCUGGCUGCUGGCCAAAUAACCGGAUGAUAAUUUCAAAGUCCCUUUGAAGUGCAUAGGGACAUUGCUGUACAUGUAUAUCAGAAUGAGAUAUGCGCUAUAAAAGAACCGAGUAUUAUAUUUGUGAUAAUAUUAACAAGUGUAAGUGUGAAGACUUCUUAUUUUUUAAGCCAGUCAUGAACGUAUGCACAUCAAAGGCACGUUACGGCCAGCUGCAGAAAAAAAAGUUGUGAGCAAACGUAACUUGAUUUACAACCAAUCAUGAAUGUGCAGGGCUUGAUGGGUAUAUUUCAAGUUGCAAUGAAAUGCAAGUCGUUCUGCAUGGCCCCACCUGGAGGAGAAUAUGCCUGCAGUUAACAAUAUCACUCUUCAUGCCCCUGGGAAAAUCACAGGUUUAACUCUUUGGCAGCGAGACAAAACCAGAAUGUAAAACUAUAUGCAUGUAUGUAGCUUUGGUAUGUUUCAUUGAUUUGCCAUAAAUAUUCAACUUUGAGUUUAUAACAAAGAAAUUACAAAAGAAUGCAAUUUUCUGAGGGAUAUAUGAAUGAUUUGUUAACGUUUCCCUUUUUAACCUUACAUGUAUACACUCACUCAGUGGCGGACCGUGUCCCGGAGGAGACAUUGAUUGGAGGGGCACUGUAUUGUUUGUGAACAACGGUGCCCUCCAAUGCUUUGUCUCCUCCGUGUCACGGUCCGUCACUGCACUCACUCAUCUGUUUUAUUUUUUUGUCGUUUGAUUUGGUUUAUCACGUCAUAUCCGACAUGUGUGAGCUGUACUUCAACUCUCAUCGUGUGUAUAAGAUGAAUGAGGUCCAGUCCUGUGGUUAUAUAUUUGUGGAAAGCAUGUAUUUAGCUUCUCUGUAUGUAAUGAUACUAGUCGAGAUUUUUGUAAUAUUAACUUAAAAAUGUGAAAAGAAAAUGAGAGAAAAAAAAAUUGUACAUUUUAUGAAGGGAUGUUAACAGAAGCUAAUAAAGGUACAGUAUUCAAA